UAAAUAUGAAAAGAAAAAUACUAACAAUGUUGACCUUGGAAGACUUGGUCAAAAAGUGGAUAUUAAUUUGAACAUAACUAAAAAGGCUAUUUCAUCCAAGAAGAAAUUGAUCAAGGUGGGACCUAAGGCUUUAGAGCAGCCCUCUGAUGAUAAAAUUCUUUCUUCAAAUAAAGAGCAGAAAUCAGCAGUUGAUAACUCUAGAAACAGCAAUAUCAGAGAAUCGCUUAGUAAAGGAAAGAAAGAUUCAAAGAAGGAAAUCAAAGUUGAGGAUACUAAUGAAAGUAAAUUUUACCCUAAAAAGGAAAACAAUCAGUUAAGAGUAACUCAAAGUUUGUCGAGCAAGUUAAGGCAACAGAAGAAGACUCUCCUCGAAGAAACAUUAUUGAGUCUAAGAGAACUAUAUUUACUAAAUAAAAGAGGCUCAGUUAAUAAUUUCGAGAUUCAUAGUGCAAUGAAUAAUGUGAAGCAACUAAUCAAUUCAGAAGAAACAGUGAAAUAUUCAACUACGCAGCUAUAAAAAUGCAGCCCAAAGCUUAUAAUCAAGAGACAGCAAUAAAGAAAAUUCAGUCAGUUCCGGAGACUGUGAAUAAGGAUCAAUCUUUUGAAAAUGUGAGUAACUCUUCAUUACCAAGAGUUAAAAACAGAAUUCUAACACAAAUUCUAAUGAACAUAGAAACAUGCAGGAUUCUUUCGAGGAUGAAGAGAAACUUGAGGAGACAAAGGAUGAGCCUAAAGGCCUUAAUAUCCUCAAGCCUUCUAUCAAGAUAACAUAAAUCCUGAAUUUGAGAUACUUAACCGUAUUUAUGAAAAAUCAUAUCAAAAUCAAAAUAGCCAAACAAGAAGAGAGGGAAUAGACAUAAAGCCAAAUAUUUCAGGUUGAUUCCUAAGAAUCCCAUGAUGAGAAGGGAGAUACAGAGGGUCGACCCUGGAGUUCUAGAAUCUCCUGAAGAGAUAAGAGUAAUUACUCUUAAACAUUUAGAAACGAUGCAAGAGCCGAGUUGAAGAAAAUUAUCAAAAGAGGAUAGUACAUAAAAGGCUAAUGAUGAUCCAAAUGUUAAACGAGAGAGUGAAGGGUCAAGUUGAGCAUUCUCCAGAAGAUGCUUAUAAGAAGCUUAAUCAGAAUCCGAUAUUUAAAAAUCUUGGGAUUGCCAUAAGAGAUUGUAAUGAAAACUCUAUUCAAAUAAGUCCAAAAAAUAAGAGAAAAAUUGAUAAUAGGAUUAACCAACCAUCUGGCAAUAGCUUAGGAACACCUAAGAAUUCAGACAGGUUCCGUUGCGGAGGCUUCUCUUAUGACUCAGACAUCCCCCUCUCUACUAAAUAUCCAAGUAUAAAUUUCAAUAAGUUUGGGUACUUGUAUAAUUUUUCAAAGCAGAGAGGUCAGGAACAGGCUGAGAAAAGGAAGAAUCUGACUGAAAAAGUUUCUGUAGAGAGUUUAUAUGAGGAGCCUGAUAUCCCAAAUAUCCAACAAAUCAUAAAAAAUCCUUGUAUAUUUAGCAUUAGAGACAAACUGAUGACUAGAAAAUUGUCAGAUACACAUCGGCCUCCUUUGACUACCAGCCAACAGACUUCUAAAGAGUUAGUUAGGAUGAAAUGUGAGCAAAGGCAUAGAAAAAAUCUGUCUUUGCAAAUAGAGCCAGUUCAGAAGGGAAUUAAGAAUAUUCUUAUUGAUAGAAAUUCUAAAUUUCCAGAGAAGAUCCCUGCAAAGGUCAAAAGCACCUACCUCCAUAACCUCAUGGAUGAUAAGAGUUUUUGCCCAAAGUUAGUUCACAAUGGAGGUCGCCCUCAAGACAAAGAUGGUUUUGAGGAAUCAAUCCGUGGUCAAGAAAAAGCUGGAGUAUCAGGAUCAACGUUCUUAUGCUCAGAGCUAUGCAAAUACUAGUGGGUAUAAUGCCUGGAAUUACUCCUUAUUUGGAUAUAAUGAUUAUACAGUUCAUAACCAAGAUUUUUGGGACAAUAUAAUUCCAACUAUAAUUCUGACAAUUUUAACUGU